GCCUCCCUCCAGCCAGCAGGCAGGUUCCGGGGGCCUUCCUCUCCCGCCGCGUGCUCCGCCGGGCCACCCACCUGGCUUCCUAGGUCCCAGUCGGUGCUGUGCAGGAGCCCCCGGCCUCGUAGUCACCGUCCCACAGGACAGGAGCGCGGCUCCUGCGCCGGCUAGGAAGGCCAGAGGGGCCGCGCCUCAGGCAUGGCAAUGUGCCAGGUAGAGUUCGAGUUGGCGUGCGCGGCCGUGAAGCAGCUGAAGAACCCCAUGAGCGAUCAGGAGAAGCUGCAGCUGUACAGCCUCUAUAAACAGGCCACCCAGGGCGACUGCAACAUCCCCGAGCCUCCUACGUCGGAAGUGAAAGCCACGGCCAAGUGGGAGGCGUGGAACAAGAAUAAAGGCAUGUCCAAGAUGGAUGCCAUGAGGAACUACGUGGCCAAAGUGGAAGAGCUGAAGAAAACUGAGGCUGGCUAGGGAAGCGGCACGGCUCCCCUGGCAGGGAGUGUGCUUCUCCAGUGCCCUGGAGGGGGGCGGGGAUGGCUGGGCAUCAAUAAACCCUUAGACCACA